AUGUCGCAGCGAUCGGUGCCGGCGCCGUUUUUGACGAAGACGUAUCAGAUGGUGGAUGAUUUUGCGACGAGGGAUGUGAUAUCGUGGAAUGAAAGUGGUGAAAGUUUUGUUGUGUGGAAACAUGCGGAUUUUGCAAGGGAUUUGCUUCCGAAAUAUUUUAAACACAAUAAUUUCUCCAGCUUUGUUCGCCAGCUCAACACAUAUGGAUUCCGAAAGGUUGUAGCAGAUAAAUGGGAAUUCGCAAACGAAAAUUUCAAGCGAGGCCACAAAGAACUUCUCACUGAAAUCAAACGCCGCAAAACCGUAUCACAACCGUCGUCACAGCCUCCAGAAACCGAAAAAACCAGCGGCCACAACAACUCUCCUUCAAACUCCGACGACAACAACGGAGUAGGAUCCACCUCCACAGUACGAUCAACCUCUUCCUCAAAUUCAAAGAACCCUGGAUCAGUAGAAACAACACCUCCACAGUGCGUCAAUUUAUCGUCCGAGAACGAGAAACUGAAAAAGGAAAACGAGAUAUUGAGCUGGGAGUUAGCACGUGCGAAGCACACGUGCGAUGAGUUGGUGGCUUUUCUAAAAGACCGUUUAAACGUGGGACCCGACCAGAUCGAUCGCAUAAUGAAAGAAAAAAAGUGUGAAUCGGUUCAAAAUGCGGUUGGUGAAGGUGAAGAAAAUGGAAGAGAUAGUUUGAAACUGUUUGGCGUUUGGUUGAAAGAAGAAAAAAAGUUUACAGAGAAAAGAAAGAGAAAUUCUGAGGAACAAUUGGGGUUUGGUGGGCCUAGGGCUAAAGUGACAAACAAUGUUGUUGACUUUAGUGCUGUCAAUGUUGUCAACACGAUGAAAAGUGGCAAGAUUUGUAACUGA